AUGGAUCCGUCUGCGAUGAACAUGGACGGAAGCAACGGCCUCGCGUGUUUGACGAAGAUCGAAGAGGAAGCCAAGGAGACGACGAUCACUCCCUUGUUUGCGAUUAAGAAGGAUCUGGUGGUGGAUAUGACCAACUUUGAUAAUCAGAAUAUUGAGCCGCGGCUGAGUGAGGCAGAUGUGGCUCCUGGGAAGGAGAUUUUGCAGAGGAAUGUUGCUGGUGUUUGUAUAAUGAGCAAUGCAUGGAAAGAUGAGCAAGACCCUUCUCUGAUCAGUUUUAUAUCCGCCUUUCUCAGCUCAAACUCUUUCAGGCUUAACUUUGUCUCCAUCUCCCCUGAUCUCAUCUUUAAUUGUGGAGGCGUGUCUAUUGCUUUUGUUUUUGUGACAAAGUGGGAUGAUUGUUGCAAUGUUGGCUCCUUCUUCAACAGAGUCAAGAAGCUGAAAACGCAAUUUGCGCGACUUUACGUUGUUGCCACACUUUCAACUAAAGAACAGAAUGAUUCUUUCAUGCGGUCUUACUUCCAUUAUGAGAUGGAGUUUGGGAGACCUGCGUUUGUACCAGUCACUGAUGCUGAGAUGGGAUUUGAGAAGAUUGUUAAGAUUGCUCACUCUCGUGGGGUUUGCAAGCAACAGAAGGUGGCGUCUAAGCUCAAGGUUGAGAGAAAGCGAACUGUCCAGGACACAGACACGUUCAUCAGAGUUCUCACAUCCAUACCCAACAUCAACAAACAUGAUGCAAACUCGCUAUACCUAACUAUUGGUUCAAUAGAAGCAACCGCUAAGACAUCUAAAGAAGACAUAUUUGCAAACACGGAUCUCUCUUCCGACAAGGCUGAGAUGCUCACCAAGUUUUUCCAAGAUCCCGAGUUCUACCUCAGUCCCAAAUUCAACUGA